GUAUAUGAUACAUAGGCUAGGCUUCCUCAUUUCCUCACUAUCUUGAAGAGAAAUCAAGCCUCUAAACUGUCUUUGUAGUUUUGAGAUAGAAACCCAUAAUGGCUUCCACAAGCACCUUGAGAGCCUCUUCUUCUUCUACUCCUUCCAUCCCUCAAACAAGUACUUAUGAUGUUUUCUUGAGUUCAGGCGCAGACACCCACUACAAUUUCACUCAUCAUCUCUACAAAGCUUUGGGUAGUAGAGGGGUUCUCACCUUCAGAAACGAUAAUCUCAUGAGAGGAGAAGCGAUUGCUCCAGAAAUCUUGAAAGCCAUUGAAGGAUCAAGGUCUUCCGUAAUUGUUUUCUCUAAAAACUAUGCUCAUUCGAGAUGGUGUUUGGAUGAGUUGGUAAAGAUCAUGGAGCGCCAGAAAGAUCUGGGACAUGCUGUUUUCCCAAUUUUCUAUCAUGUGGAUCCAUCCCAUGUACACAAGCAAGAAGGAAGUUUUGGAGCGGCCUUUGCCGGUUAUGAAGAAAACUGGAAGGACAAGAUACCAAGGUGGAGGAUGACCUUGACGGAAGCAGCCAAUCUCUCUGGAUGGCAUCUAGGGAAAAAAAGGUAUGAGUCUGAUCAAAUUAGGCAAAUAGUAGAUAACAUAUUCCGUCAAUUGAGGUUUGAUGUUGGUGCCAAUUUAGUUGGUAUGGAUUCCCGCGUAAAAGAGAUGAUUUUGCGGUUGAAUAUGGAAUCAAGUGAUGUUCGUAUUGUUGGGAUAUAUGGAGUUGGGGGGAUAGGUUCUCUCUUCUUCAAGAAGACAAUACUUCAAUGGGAAAGUGAAUGGUAUAAAUCGGAGAGAGGUGAAAUGAAAAUUCACAAUGUGCUUAAACGAAGCUAUGAUGGGCCAAACAAAUGGAGCAGAUUGUGGGAUCCCCGUGAUUUUGAACGUGCACUUACAUAUGAGGGAAUAGAAGGAGUUGAAACAAAAUCCUUUGACUUGUCUAAGUUAAAAAGAAAUUCAAAUGUUUUGGCAAAGAUGACUAGGCUUCGAGCCAAUUCUAGCAUGACUUUGGAGCCAGUCUAUGGGAUUUCGCCAAAUGGCCAAUUCAAGCGCACCAUCAAUUCCUGGGCGAGGGGUGAGUUUCUAGGAAGUGGAUCUUUUGGAAUAGUAUAUGAAGGCUAUACUGAUGAUGGAUUCUUUUUUGCUGUGAAGGAGGUUUCAUUGCUUGAUCAAGGGGGCAAGGGCAAACAAAGCAUUUAUCAACUUGAACAGGAGAUUUCUCUUUUAAGUCAGUUGGAACAUGAGAACAUAGUUCGGUAUUAUGGCACAAACAAGGAUGACUCUAAACUUUAUAUCUUCCUUGAGCUUGUGACGAAAGUUUCACUUUUAAGUCUUUAUCAAAAGUAUCAUUUGCAGGAAAGCCAAGCCUCGGUCUACACAAAGCAGAUUUUAAAUGGUUUGAAAUAUCUGCAUGAGCAAAAUGUAGUUCACAGCCACCAAGAUGUCGAAUUAAUAUGCAUGAACUACACAAUACCAGGAUGCAUAGCUUGCUUACUUAGAGAAUAUCGGUUCACUCUAUUGUGGAAGUUUUCCUUGCUGCAGUGUUUCCAAAUUGAAAUUCUCAAUCUUAUUGGAGAGUGUAGUUGUUGCCAUUUGCUAUUUAGAGUUAUUGAUGAUUUUAUAUUUUGUUUUACGGUGUUAUGAUGCCAGAAAUAGGCCAGAUUUAGCUGAGAAUGGAAAAGGGAACACACACACAGAGUGGACAUGUGUUCAUCUUUGAUAACAGAUUUAUACUUUCUCUGACAUGAUAAUUGCACCUGCCCUCUUUCAGAAAAAAGCAAAAUGAGGAAAAAGGAGUUGAGGGCAUGGAUGUUAAUCAUCGUCAUUUUGACAUAACUGUAAUGAGAUUAAUUUCUAUUCAAAGACUUGUGAGAAUAUCUUGAAGUUGUUCUGUGGACUUAACAUUUUUGAGUGGUAAUUAAGUAUAGAGCACAGUAUAUCCCAAUAAGCUAUUCCUCUCCUAAAAUAUAUCGUUUGUUAUAUUUCAAGUUGUGAUUUGGUUUAUCCUGUAACAACUUCAUUUGUGAAUUAACUACAACCCCAUCUCUAUCUCUAUUUGAGUUGCAUCAUGCAGUUAGCUGCAUUAAACAUCAAUUUGUAUUCUGUCAAUGCUGGGUCUUGCUUGCAUCCACGUCCACCUUUUUACUUUCCUAGGUGACUGCAUUUUAUUUCCCUUCAAGGAUUGAAUUAUAAGAGGAAGAAGCACUUUCUCUCUCACUCAGUCUAUCUUUCCCUCUCUCUGCAAAGAAUCUCAUCUCCGUUUGACUCAUUCUCAAUCUCCCUUCAUGGGAACUUUCGAACCUUGAAAUGGAAUUGAAAAUUGUUUGAUAUCUCUCUCUCUCUCUCUCUCUCUCUCCCAUUCUCCCUGCCCUUAUUUCUCACUCUCCCUUGGCCCCUUUCUUUCCCUAUUUACUCAUUUUCAACCUCCCUUCAUAGGAUAUUCUGAAAUUUGAAAUGGAAUUCCUUUCCCACUAACACUAUGCCCUCUACUUCCCUAAUGCCCUUAUAGAUUCAUUGUUAAUCUCCCUUCAUAGGAACUCUUGAAACGUCAAAUGGAAUUGAAAAUUUUUGGAUCUCUCCCUCUAUCCUGCAUGCUUCCUCACCCCCCUCCCUCUUCCUUUGCCACCUCCUUCUAUUGAUUCAUUCUCAAUCCCCCUUCAUAGGAACUUUUGAACCCUGAAAUGGAAUUGAAAUUUUUUGGAUCUUUCCCUCCCCUUCUCGCUCUCCCUCUCUUCCUCUUCCCUCAUUGACCCGUUCUCAAUCUCUUUUCAAGGGAACUUUUGAACCUUGAAAUGGAAUUAACAAAUUUCUUGGCUCUCUUCCUCUCCUCUUUCCCUCUCUCCGUUUCCUUCCCCAACUAGCUUAAUUUUAAUCUCCCUUCAUGUUUUGAACCAUGAAAAGCAACUCUUCUCUCUCUUUUUCCCCUUCCCUCCACCCCCUCCUUUCCUUAUUGAUUCAUUCCCAAUCUUCCCCAUUAGGAACUUUUGAACAUUGAAAUGGAAUUUAAAAAUUUUGGAUCUCUCCUCCCAUUUGUCCAAACCCACUUUUCCUCUCUUCCUAUUGACUCAUUCUCAGUCUUCCUUAACGGAAACUCUGGAAACUUGAAAUAAAAUUAACAAACUUUUCUCUCUGUCUUCCACCUCAUCCUCUCUUCCCUUGAUUAGCUCAAUUUUAUCUAUGUUCAUGUUUUGAAUCAUGAAAAGAAGCUCCGUCCUCUUCUCCCUCAGCUUUGCUUCUCUUCCUUUUCCCUUUCCUUUCAUUCGUGACUGCUUUGAUCAUAAUCUCCCUUCAUAAGAAAUUUGGAACCAUGCCAAGCAACUUCUCUCUUUGCCUUCCCCCUUUCCACCGCAACUCUUUGUCCAUUCCUCCUAGUGCAACUGACUCCACCUAAUCUUCUUGUAUGGAAACUUUUGAAUGAUUAAAUGUUUCUCUCUCCCUCUGCCCUAUCAUCUCCUUGCAUAAUGUAAACAUAGUAUUACCUCACUUCCUUUCUUCCAUCCUGCAGCAACUGACCCAAUCUCAAUCUUCCUUCAUGAGAACUUUUGAACACUUACAUCUCUCUCUCUCUCUCUCCCAUGUUGUCCUUGAAUAUGUAAACAUAGUACUUACGGAGGGAAAUCCGUAAGGAAGCGUAUGGGUGGGAAGGAGUCAAAGAAUUACCUUGGAAGAGGACUUGGCCUUAUGGAAGGGAGGAAAAAAUGGGAAGUUUGGCGUUAAGGAAGCGUAUGGGUUGAUGAGCAGCCAUAGUAUCCCUUUGUUUCCCAAAAAAGGCAUUUGGGUGGAGAACGUUCCUUCCAAGCUAGCGUUCUUUGCAUGGGAAGCUACUUGGGGGAGGGUUCUUACCCUUGAUAGGCUCCAAAAGAGAGGAUGGCAGUUUCCUAAUCGUUGCUACUUAUGUGGUAGUGAUGAGGAAAACGUUAAUCAUCUUCUUAUUCAUUGUACAGUGGCUAGUGUGUUGUGGGGGAUUGUUCUUAGUCUGU